AUGGAUUUUCAAAACAUUCGACCCGGUCCAUACUGCUUUAAAAUUCGGGGACAGAUCUACUAUCAAAUCAAUACUUCUUUGUAUUCAGCUCAGAAUGAAUUACCAAAUUGCAGACUCAGUCGCAAUCCCGAUUUGAAUGCAGAAAUUCUCCGAGACAUUGAUAACGCAAUGCGCCAAUAUAAUGUCUUGGCUGAAUCGUAUAAAAUGAUGAAGGAAGAGAUAGAAUCAAUGAGAAUAAGAAAUAAUAAUGAAGAACCUGAAAUGCAAUUACUCUUCACACUCAAAAAAGGUUCAGACAGAAGACGUUACAAUUUCCAACGAGUCAACGAAGUAGCCACAGUAUUUUCUAUCACGACAAAUGGUAAAAUACCAGAAUCGUAUGUUACUAUAUACAAUAAAGAUAAGAGAGAAUUACAGUUCGUAAGUUCGAUGAAUGAUAAUGUUGAGCCGUGGACUUACCCCUUAUUUUAUCCACUUGGAACUAAGGGUUGGCAUGACGAUAUUCCGCAAGUUACGGGUUCACGCAAAGGUACUCGAAAUGCAUAUUUCAAAUAUCGAAUGACAAUCCGAGAUGACGAAGUCAAUUACGUUGUAAAAGGACGUCGACUAUUUCAGCAAUGGAUUGUGGAUUCUUACGUGAAGAUAGAAAGAGACCGAAUGAAUUAUUUUCGAAGAAAACAGUCAGAACUGCGCGUUGACUCAUACCAAGGUUUAAUAGAGCAUUUGCAGAAUCUAGCAAAUGAUACGAAUACUCGAAUAGGUAAAAUAUUCAUUCUUCCUUCUACUUUCGUAGGAUCACCCCGAUAUAUGAAGCAAACGUACCAAGAUGCUAUCACAAUAGUACGUGAAUACGGCAAACCUGAUUUAUUCAUCACAAUGACUUGUAAUCUUAAGUGGGUUGAGAUUACUGAAAAUCUGUCAGAUGGUCAAAUUGCAUCUGACAGACCAGACUUAGUAACACGUGUUUUUGAAUAG